AAGAGAGAAGUGUUAACCCUACUUGUUAACAUAACAGUAGAAUAUAGGUCAUACUUAGUUUUUAACAAUCUUAAGAAAUAAUUCAAUAUUUAACAUGUCUUUGUCAGUAAAACAUUGUUUAUCCAGAAUAUUUCAACCAGUUACUCAAGUUUCUAAAAAUUCAAACUUGACGAGACAGCAAGUUACCUCCAAUAGUCAAAGGUUAAUGCUGGAAUUAGGGAUUAUUCAGCAGUCUGUUCCGGGAUGCUUCCAUUUACUUCCAUUAGGGCUCAAAUCAAUGGAGAAGUUAAUCAAAAUCAUAGAUGAUGAAAUGUUUAAAAUUGGUGGACAAAAGUUGGUAUUUCCUACCCUUACAAACAGUCAACUAUGGCAGAAAAGUGGAAGAUUAAAAGAAGUCGGUCCAGAGCUGUUUCAAUUAAAAGAUCGUCAUGAGCAUCUCUACAUUUUAAGUCCCACUCACGAAGAAGUGGCUGGUGAGUUGGUGUCAAUGUUGGCCCCAAUUUCUUACAAAAAAUUCCCGUUAAGAUUGUAUCAAAUAUCGAAUAAAUUUAGGGAUGAAAUUAAACCUAGAUUUGGGCUUAUGCGAGGCAGGGAAUUCAUAAUGAAGGAUAUGUACAGUUUUGAUGUAGAUGUAGAGAGUGCAAAGAAGACUUACGAAGAUGUUUGUAAGAGUUAUGAUAAUAUUUUCAAUAGUCUUGGGGUAAAAUAUGUUAAAGUUUUGGGAAGUUCGGGAACUAUGGGAGGAUCGCUGUCUCACGAAUAUCAGUAUCAGGCAUCUAUAGGGGAAGACAAUAUAUUGCAUUGUAAUUCUUGUAACUAUGUAGCAAAUACUGAAUUAUGUGGAGAUCAAACCUGCCCAAAUUGUCGAAAGACAGAUGUUACUGUUCAAUGUGGAAUAGAGGUAGGACACACCUUUUUUCUAGGAGACAAGUAUUCAAAAUGUCUAAAUUCCAAGUGUAUUGGAAAAGAUGGUAAACCUGAAGUAUUACAAAUGGGAAGUUAUGGUAUUGGAAUAAGUAGGCUAUUAGCUGCAUCUAUAGAAGUAUUGUCAUCAGAAACAGAAAUUAGGUGGCCGGACGUAUUGGCUCCAUAUAAUGUAGUCAUCAUACCUCCCAAAGCAGGAAGCAAGGAAGAAUCCCACACAGAAAAGAGUUAUAUUAAUUUGUAUAAAAAAUUAGAACAAAGAAUUCCUUCGCUAAAAGACAACGUUCUUCUAGACGAUAGAACAUCUUUGACUAUAGGAAGAAGGCAUUUAGAUGCAAAACGCAUCGGCUAUCGUUUUAUUGUAGUGAUUGGGAAAAAAUCUACAGAAAAUCCUCCACUAUUUGAACUAAAUGACAUCGACAAUGACACUCAACUGUUUUUAACUGAAGACGCAUUAAUAGAAUAUAUUGAAAAAAAUAUUCGUUUAGCUGAAGAAAAUAAUGUACAUUUUAAGUAAUAUAUUGUUUAUAAUAU